AUGAGUGAGGAGAAAGAAUCAGAGCGUUAUUCGCUACCCCGGACCUUUUCGAAAAACAACUCUCGUGAAUUUAAUUCCAGAAUCGGCGUUGGAGAGCUUCCGGCACUUCCAGCCCUAGACAGUAAGGAUAAGAAUGACCCUCCUGAGCUGGCUACCUACGGGCCCCCAAAGACUCCUCAAUCAUUUGUUGAAUUCAACCUCAGUAGCGGACUGCCUGAACCGCAAAUCGUCAGCAGUGACGACGUUACAAGAGGCCAUGCCCAUACCAAGUCGAAUGCUACCACCGAACUAAGCGAGAAGGAGGACGAGGAUGAGAAACCAAAGCCAGAAGAAGACUUCUUCAGUUCCAAUUCAGACGGGUGGAAAUCAAUGAAGAAAGUAGCAAAACAGGAUUAUUACGAUGAACGGGGAAAUCUUGAAUUCACAAAGGAUAACGAAUUCGAGCUGCUUGAACAUAGAGAUGCUAGAGGUUACACCAAGAUCGAUACCGAGGAACAACUUAACAAAUACGCUAGGCUUGAUGCCAAGACAAACUUCUUGUUCGAGCUCCUGGGGCUGCAUGAGCCCAAGAAUGAUGAGGAUUCGGACGAUGAGACAUUCGAUAACGGGGAUGAUGGAAUCGAUUCUAAAGAGACCCUUGCUGGUACAAGAGGUCUUUUGACUGAAUCCCAGAAAUUUGCAUACAUUGGUAUGGUGAAGCUUAUCACCGUUGACCAAGCGGCUGCUUUGGCGAAGCUCAAUCAGAGAACAACUUUUAGGAUGUCGAAGCCUAUGGGGCUCGCUCAAAAGAACUUCGCAAACUGGACCAAAUACAUUAUGUCCAAGUUAGAGGAUCAUUUGGAUAUCACGAAGCAAGAAAAGAGCAUGAUAGACAAUUUGAGCACUCAUGGUGUGCAAGUUGAAGACCUCUCGCAAAGCUUGUUGAUGCUUGAGACCCAAAAACCCAUUGUCAACCAAUUAUCGAAAGAUUUCGACUUACGUUGGGUGCUUGUCUGUGAUUUAUUCUUGUUGCUCUUGAGUGACGGGUAUUUUGACAGCAGAUCCAGAACGUUGUUCAUUGCGUUUGCCAAUUACUUGGGGAUUCUAAACAUCGAAGUAUACCAAUUUGAGAGAAGACUUAUCGAGAGUUUGGAGAUGGACACAGGCCAGAAGAGUAUCGAAAACAGAGAUGACAAAUUGAGCGACAGGCUGUUUAUCGAGAAGCACAUCCAGAAGAACAAGAGAAAGAGAUUGGCCUACAUUGGUAUGGCUACUAUUGGCGGCUCCCUUGCGAUCGGUUUAUCUGCUGGUCUAUUGGCUCCUUUGAUUGGAGCUGGUUUAGCAGCUGGUUUGACCACUGUUGGUAUUGGAGGUACAAGUGGAUUUCUCGCUGGUGUUGGUGGUAGUGCCAUUAUCACCACCGGUGGUGUUGCUGCCGGCGCCAAGAUGGGAUCCAAAGCAGGUGCAAGAAGAACAGGCGAUGUCCAGACAUUUGAGUUAAAACCUCUACACAACAACAAGAGAACCAAUCUUAUCGUGACAGUCAGUGGCUGGAUGAACGGUGAUCUAGAUGAUGUUCGUCUCCCCUUUUCCACAGUUGAUCCUGUCAUGGGUGAUAUGUUCUCCUUGCUUUGGGAACCAGAGAUGUUGAGAUCCAUGGGUCAGACAAUUGGUAUUUUGGCUACAGAAGCUUUGAGUACAUCUAUUCAACAGAUUCUUGGUGCAACAAUCCUUUCGGCGUUGAUGUCCGCCAUUCAGCUUCCAAUGGCCCUUUCAAAGCUUUCUUAUUUGCUUGAUAAUCCAUGGAAUGUUUCUCUUGAUAGGGCUUGGAAAGCUGGAAAGAUCUUGGCCGAUACGUUGAUGUCGGGCAACAUGGGUGUGAGACCCAUAACCUUGGUUGGUUUCUCGCUUGGUUCCAGAUUGAUCUACCUGUGUCUUAUAGAGCUUGCACAGCGUGGAGGUUAUGGCCUUGUCGAGAAUGUCAUCCUUUUAGGUAACCCUGUUGCGGUGAAGUAUGAGCAAAUCACAUUGGCUCGCUCUGUUGUCAGUGGUAAGUUUGUCAACGGUUACUCCAAGAACGACUGGAUCCUUGGUUAUCUCUUCCGUGCAACUGGUGGAGGUUUACUGACUGUUGCAGGCCUUUCACCAAUUGAAAACAUUCCUGAUGUGGAGAACUUUGAUUGUACUGAACUUGUGGAGGGCCAUAUGUCAUACAGAAAAGCAGUUCCCAAAAUCUUGCGUUUGAUGAAUUGGGAAGUUUUGAGUGACGAGUUUGCUGAAAUCGAAGAGCCUGAUCCAGAGCAGGGUGAAAGACAAAGACAGCUUAUUACUGAGUUUGACGAAGCCAGAGCGAAGAUGGAGAAAGAGAAGAUGGAGGAAGCUCAGAAGGAGCAGAAGUCGUGGAAGAGCUGGUUCAAGCCGAAGCAGAAGAACUGGUGGGGAGUUUAUGACGAAGCCGCCAAGCAGGAAGAAGAGAAGAAGGCUGACGAAUUUGAGGAGUACGAUGAGAAUGCCGGACAAACCACCGGUACGCUUAGACGUGGAGAAACGGAGCAGGAAUCUGCUGAGCCCAUCUUUGACAUCAAUGCUUUGGCAGAAGAGAUAAACGAUAUCGAAAAGCUAGGUGAACAAGACUCUGAGCAGCUCAAGAAAGUCCGUCAGGAUGUUGAUCUUUCGCAGAGAGAGGUGAAGAUGAAUGAGGAUGUGGAGUUGGAGAAAGAACCAACAAACAUGUUCCAAAAUCUCAGAACCAAGAUCCCAAAUCCACUUAGCAAAGAGAAUAAGGAAACAUAG